AUGGCAACGGACCAACACACAGCGAGCGCCCAGCCGAACGCGUCCGACGAAAAACAUGUCGUUUCUGCGGCCGACAAUGUCUACCAUGAUUCGGUCGCCAAGCACGAAGCCUUGGCUGCCGAUGCGGAACUUGUCGAGGCCAUCCGCGCAGAGAACGAGCUCACGUUCGGUCAAGCCUUGAGACUAUACCCAAAGGCCAUCGGCUGGUCGGCUUUUGUGAGCAUGGGGGUUAUUAUGUUGGCUUUUGACCCGCAACUUAUCGGCAAUCUCUAUGCCACACCGCAGUUUCAACGUGACUUUGGGUACGAGGUCGACGGCGAGUAUGUUAUUGAUGCUUCAUGGCAAACGGGUCUCAGUAUGGGAAAUCCCAUAGGCCAAGUGUGUGGUGCCUUGUUCGCGGCGUAUCCGAUGGAAUUAUUUGGUCGAAAGCGUACAUUUGCCGCCUGUGUCGUUGCUACCGCCGGACUCGUCUUCAUCCAGUUCUUCGCUCGCUCACUCAACGUCCUACUAGCUGGAGAGCUUCUGGCAGGGCUUGUUCUUGGACAGUUUGUGGUGAUAGCUCCGGCAUACGCCUCAGAAGUCUGUCCGACUGCCCUUCGAGGACAUCUGACAUCAUAUGUCAACUUGUGCUUCGUUGCGGGGCAGUUGUUGGGCAACGGUGUCUGCAACGGCACUUCUAAGCUUGAAAACCACUGGGCCUACUCUAUUCCUUUCGCUUUACAGUGGUUCUGGAUCGCGGUCCUCAUCCCCGGCAUGUUCUUCGUUCCAGAAUCACCAUACUGGCUCGUGAGACAAAACCGGCUGGACGACGCAAAGGUAUCCUUACACAGACUUGCAUCUAGCAAGGUGAAUGUAGAUGCUACUCUGGCAUUCAUCGUCGAGACGGAUCGCCUCGAGCAAGAGCUGGAGGCGGGAAGCACUUAUAUGGACUGUUUCAAGAAAGUCAAUCUUCGCCGAACGGAGAUUGCGACGGGCGUCUACUGUUCACAGGUACUAAGCGGGAUCUAUCUGAUCAACUACGGCACAUAUUUCUUCCAGCAAGCUGGUUUACCGACGGAGGACGCUUUCAACAUGGCAGUUGGCUUCUUGGCUGUGGGGUUUGUUGGUACCCUCAUAUCCUGGGGACUCAUGGUCCGCAUCGGUCGGAGGGUGCUAUUCGUCUGGGGCCUCGUGAUGCUGACUUUCUUGCAACUGUUGAUCGGAAUCCUCGACUGUGUUCCCGGCCGUCCUUCGGGAGCCAUAUGGGCAGAGUCGAUCUUGAUGCUGGUCUGGAAUUUCUUCUAUGAUAUUUCAAUUGGCCCGUUAUGCUUUGUGCUCCUGUCAGAGUGCUCUGCCACACGUGUGCGGUCCAAGUCCAUCGCUAUUGCCACAGCAGCCCAGGCAAUUUUGGGAAUCGUCAUGACCGUGGCAAUUCCGUACCUUGAGAACCCCACAGAAGCCAACAUUCAGGGGAAGCUCGGUUUCUUUUUCGGUGGUUUGGCCGCUUUGUGUUUGGUGUGGUCGUACUUCCGGGUACCUGAGACGAUGGGCAGGUCCUACGAGGAACUAGACUUGCUCUUCGAUCACAACGUGUCGGCGAGGAAGUUCAAGGGCUAUAGGCUGGAAGGCGCCAUCUCUUCCGCCAACAACGCGGAAGAGAGGUUGACAAAGGGAGCAUAG